AUGGCAGAUGACAUCGUUCUAGAUGCAAAACUGAUUGCAAAAGAGUACCUACGCAAAUGGUUUUUCCUCGACUUUGUCAGUUCGCUACCACUAGACUAUCUCCUGUUGGCCUUCGGCGAAGGCACUGAACAAAUUGCUCACGCAGGUCAGGCAUUAAAGAUUUUGCGGGUUGCCAAACUCCUUAGCCUUUUGCGUCUUCUACGGCUUUCUCGACUUCUGCGGUAUGUCAGCGAGUGGGAGAAGGUGGGUAUCCCUUUUGUGUUUCCAAAGUACUCCUAUUACAUAUUUUUCCUAAGUAGCGUUUGA